AACACGGAGUCACAGCGAGCAGCCCUCCGAGUCCGCAUAGAAAAGUACAAAGGGAAGAGAUAUUUGAUGCGUAGUUUAUUAAAUCUGUGCGUUAGUUUAUUGAGCCUUUUCUUUUAACAGUUUUAAACCUCAGUUACUGUGCGCUUUUGGAGAGAGUUCCAUCGUUUUGACUGUAAUAACCGAACGCAACACGCAGUUUGAACGCUGAAUGGAGGAGACAGACAGCCGCAGCAGCGGAAAGAAGAGUUUAUUUGAACUUGAAUUUAAUGACUUAAAUAUUCAUCUGUACCUCACAUUGAACUAUGGAGCAGCUUCAGAACACUUGAAAUAUAGUGCACUAAAACUUUACUUUAUAAUGUUGUUGUGCCGUUCGUGGGGCUCAACAACAACACAGAAUAGUAUACGCACAGUAUCGGAUUUGGGUCGGUCUCGUCUGACCGAUACCCGAUCCGCAGAAAAUGCCUGAAUAUCGGAGCCGAUACCGAUACUGAGUAUCACGCAUCCCUAGUUGAGAGCCUUUACUCUACUCCUUACUAUAGACAUACACACCCAUCCACAACCCACAUAUGCAAGACAUUAUUUAGGGAGAAGAACAUAAACAGCUGGUUAGCGAAUUUACAAGCCUGCAGUUUCUCUGAGCACACUCUUGACUCAGCUCUUAUCGUCUACAUAAUUCAUAACCGGGAUAAAAAUACCCCGCUCUCGAGCGUUUGCAAGGGUGUUUUCUGGAAUAAGGGCCGGUGGUAUGAGUGAGUUCUGCUCGGGACCGAGCCAACCUGGUUUUCUCCUUGUUUAGCCGCCGCCUCCCCUCAUGACAUCAACACUGCGGAGAGCCGCCGCGCGCUCAGACUCUGCUGCAGAACGCCAGUGCGCAAAGGUAAGCGAGCGCUCCUCGGCACGCACCAACACGUUAGUGCACUUAAAAGACGGAUCGUGUGGUAUUGAUGAGUGAUUGGUGAUCUAUCAGCAUGUCGCUGUACGCGUCUCAGAUUAAAGCGUUCAAGAGCGCAGAGCCCAAGACACUUGGCGCUAUUGAGAUCAUAUUUGGAGUGUUUACUGUCAUUUUGAGCUCAAUUGUGUAUAAGCUGCACUACCAUAUCCAGCGUGAAAUCAUCAUCCUCAUCGUCAACGGUGCUCAGCUUGUCAUAACUGGUGUUGUCCUGGUGCACACUGGGAGGAAGCCAUCUAAAUGUCUGGUGCUGACAACCAUUGUUCUGCAAUUACUAACAGCAGCAUUUGAUAUUGUUGGAUUUGGGCUCAUGGCCAGACACAUCCCAUUCAGAGGAGAGUCGUACUACUACAGGGAUACAGAGUGGUGUUGUGACCCACUUCACUCUGUUUGGGCUUGCUGUGGAGAAGGAGAGAAAGGGGAACAUAAAGAGUUCUUAGUGAAUGGGAUCUUGGUAACACUGAUCGGUUUCCUGGUGCUAGCAUGUGUCAUUGGUUUGGUUGUGUCUCUUUUUGGGGUCUACGCCCUUUCUGUUAGUGCCAUAAAGGAGCUGACGCCCAUCCCUCACUCUACAGCAAACCAACAUUAUGGUGCUGGCGUUCAUACCCAGAACAUGAUCCAUGCCGGAAACUGACAAAAUAGCAGAAGGGCACAGUUUUAGCACAGUUUUACACCAACUGCAAAAGAGGACUGUUUCACCUACAAACCACUCACAGGUAAACAACCACAACUACAGGAAAAAAACAACAACAACCUUUUGUGAAGUUGUAAAUAAUUUUUUGAAAAUAAAAUGGAUAAAAUCUCGUUUUUUGCUUGGCUGUUGCUCUCACAGGCUGUAGGACUGCUGUAAUUUCGAAUGCUCAACUUAAUAGAUAUUCGUACCUCAUUAAUUUUCGCUCUUACAAACUGAAGCUUCUUAGCAUGUCUACCCAGAAAUCUUGACCAGAAUCCAGUGUUAUCGAUGUAUGUUAGAGGGGUAAGUGAGUUUAUCGUUCUUAGGAUAUGUGAAAUUAGGUACGUAGCAUAAACAGAAAUGGAAUUAUGGUGAAUGUGAACGGUAAGAAGGUUCUGUGAUUCUGUCUUGUUUCAUAGCAUUUUCUACCACCUUUUGCAUGAAUCUUUAUAUCGGUCAACAUGUUCGUUUUAGCCACAUGAGGACAUAUGGGGCUACAUUUAUCAAGUUGAUAUUUGUUAAUUGCAAUUUGAAAAUAAAAGCUCUUGAAAGCAUAAAAAUGUAACAACACUGUAAGCAAGCCAAAUGAUUUUAUAUAUAUAUAUAUAUAUAUAUAUAUGCUUACAAAAAAAAAAAAAGAAA